GCUGCGAUCAGAACUGCGCCUCACCGCACGCGACAGGCUUUGUAGAGGAGAUCACGGUGGCGAGGGAUGAGCUUGGCGGGGAGAGGAGGUUUGGGACUGUUUAUAUAUCGAGGUGGCUGCAGAGAGUGCUUUUAUUGCUAUCUUUACGAAGGGUGAAUAUGUCUUCUACACCUCCUCCUCCUUAUAAUGCUGCUGGGCCGUCGGUGAAUGCAGACGGGAUGAGUAAGACCGGGGCGAUACAGACGCAAAUCGACGACACGGUGAAGCUGAUGCGGGACAACCUGCAUCUGGUCGACGAGCGCGGGAUCGGUCUCGACGAGCUGAACCACAACAGCGAGCAGCUGGUCGAGUCUGCGCAGGGCUUUCGGCGGGGCGCGAAUCGGGCGCGGAAGGAGAUGUGGUGGAAGGAUAUGCGGUUGCGGAUGUUUCUGCUUGGGGGAAUUGUCGUGAUUCUGCUUUUGAUUAUCAUUCCGCUUGUUGUGAAGUACACUUGAAUGUAUUUGUUGUAGUAAUGAAGUAAGUAGCGAACAGUAAAGUCAGCAAUG